CGGAGGAGCUCUGGGAGCGCGCGCGACUCUUCGGGACCAUGGAUCAUAACAUAGGAGCACAUCUCCACCACACACACGUAGACUCCAUCAGCUUCGGCAUCGAUCAGAUUCUCAACAAUGCAGAACAAGGGAGCUGUAUGAUCUCUAACCCCAGGAUGCAGGACUUGGACUACGGUCUGGGGAGCAUUGUGAGCAAUGCCUACAACACCAUGACGGGAAACUACAACGGCAAUAACACCGGAGGAUACAACAGCAAUGUGUGCAGCACUGCACCACUCGGUGGCUCGUACAACAUGAACGUUGGCAUGAACGGGAACGGAAACGGCCUGAACCCGUCUGGGGUGAUCCGUGUACCCGCACACCGGCCACUCAACAGCGUGCACUCGUCCAUUCCCACAAGCGGCCCCACGGUGCACAACAUGGCAGGGAUGGGCACUCUGAACAACCUCACGGGAUUAACCUUCCCGUGGAUGGAAAGUAACAGAAGAUAUACCAAAGACAGGUUUACAGUGGCCCUCUCACCCUUCACUGUAACACGCCGUAUAGGUCACCCGUACCAGAACCGCACACCACCUAAGAAGAAGAAGCCGAGGACGUCGUUCACUCGGCUGCAGAUCUGCGAGCUGGAGAAGCGCUUUCAUCGCCAGAAGUACCUGGCUUCAGCAGAGAGAGCCGCCCUGGCAAAAGCACUUAAAAUGACGGAUGCACAGGUCAAAACAUGGUUCCAGAACAGAAGAACAAAAUGGAGGAGACAGACGGCGGAGGAGAGGGAGGCCGAGCGGCAGCAGGCGAACCGCUUAUUACUGCAGCUGCAACAAGAAGCUUUUCAAAAGACUCUGAACCAGCCUGUGAACCCGGACCCGAUCUGCCUGCACAACAGCUCUCUGUUCGCCCUGCACAACCUGCAGCCCUGGACUGAUAACACCGCCAAGAUCAGCAGUGUCUCUACCUGCGACUAGCAGCACCAACUUUCCCUUUUGUAGCCUCGUACGUUUCGAUCCACAGUACAUGUGUAUAAUUUAAUAAUCCCGGCGUCACAUUUUCACCACCUAUUAGUGGAGGCCAGGUUUUAUUUCAUCACGACUUGAUCUGCUUUCCAACCGGAAAGAAAACUCUAACGGAUUAUUCUAGAUACCAGGUGUUUGUAAGAUACUAGUUGGUAUCAGCGUAUCCACACGUGUAGUAGUAUAUUUGGUAUAUUUUUAUACACAGCAUUUUUUGCACUUUGACGCUCUACUGCAUUUUAGAUUGAAUAGCGCGAACUUCACAAAGUCCUGGGCUUAGAUGCAACACAUCUUUUGGGAAAAUGGACUUUCGAGCAGGUUUUUCAGCACUUAUUCUGGAGGGAUGAUGAAAAUAACUUCCUAGCGAACAAAUCCUGUAAAUCUAUAUACAAAGACUAAUAUACAGCGAAAAAGCAAAUACAACAGCAAUCACAAAGUCUUUUUCAACAGCAAUCACAAACUCUGCUUCGUUAUAGAUUGUUAUUUCUUUAGCAUAGCUUUCAUCCGAAAUGCAUCAGAGAAAGUGAUCUAAAACGAACGCUAUUUUAAUACCGAGUGUCUUCUUUUGUCACUAAUGAGACAGCUGGAUAUCUUAUAGUAUUCUGCAGUAAACAGCUGUGUGUAUUAUUUUUCAUU